UCAUCAAAGGUCCUUUCGCCCACUAGAAUCUAGCAUCUCCCUCGGUUAGCAGGCCGAGCUGCACUGUGAGGAGGGACACGUACGACCCUGCGAGAAGUGUGUACUGGGGUCCUGGGCGUGACGUCAUACAGAGCGGCCUGACAACGGAGCUGUGAGGUGCCUGUGUGAACAGAAUGGAGGAGCAGUGUCCGGCCAUGCAGGGACCUCCUGUCCCUCCGUUUCAGCCACAGAAAGCACUGCGGCCAGACAUGGGUUAUAAUACACUGGCCAACUUCCAGAUUGAGAAGAAGAUUGGACGGGGGCAAUUCAGCGAAGUAUACAGAGCAAAGUGCCUUUUGGAUAGAGUACCGGUUGCCUUAAAAAAGGUCCAGAUUUUUGAUUUGAUGGAUGCCAAGGCAAGAGCAGACUGUAUCAAAGAGAUUGACCUCCUUAAGCAACUGAACCAUCCUAAUGUCAUAAAAUACUACGCAUCGUUCAUUGAAGAUAAUGAACUGAACAUAGUCUUGGAACUUGCAGAUGCAGGGGACCUGUCUAGGAUGAUAAAGCAUUUUAAAAAACAUAAAAGGUUGAUUCCUGAGAGAACAGUUUGGAAAUACUUUGUGCAGCUCUGCAGUGCAUUAGAACAUAUGCAUUCACGACGUGUCAUGCACAGAGAUAUUAAGCCAGCCAACGUGUUUAUAACUGCCACAGGCGUGGUGAAGCUGGGGGAUUUAGGUUUGGGCCGCUUCUUCAGCUCCAAAACCACAGCUGCACAUUCUUUAGUGGGAACCCCAUAUUACAUGUCACCAGAGAGGAUACAUGAAAACGGAUACAACUUCAAGUCUGAUAUUUGGUCAUUAGGAUGUCUACUUUAUGAGAUGGCAGCAUUGCAGAGUCCUUUUUAUGGAGAUAAAAUGAACCUGUACUCCUUGUGUAAGAAGAUAGAGCAAUGUGACUAUCCUCCACUGCCAUCUGACCACUAUUCCGAGGAGCUGCGCAUGUUGGUGAAUACCUGCAUAAACCCAGACCCAGAGAAGAGACCAGACGUAACCUAUGUGUAUGAGGUUGCAAAAAGAAUGCAUGCCGUGACCGCCACCAGCUAGAUUACCAGUCCUCAAGGAUUCUCCCACCCUACGUCCAUCACUUUCAAGAAUUUCCCCAGUUUACUCCGUAGAAGUGGGCAGGUUUUCGUGCUCUAUUGUUGACCUAUGGUAUCUUAUGGAUGCCAAAUUGUUUUUGGAUAGGACACAUUUCUGGAUGAUCUAGAUGAAAUCUAUCACUUCUAGUUAAACUUGCCGUGCAGGACUUAUCCCUCAUUCUACAGUCCAAUAUUUGGUGGCAUCCUGGUGAUUGCAGGAUUGAGCAGUAAUGAAUAUCACCAUACAAUCCACUCUUCAAGAAAUCUGCUAUGAGGAGUGUAAUAAUGGGAGAUUACCGCCUAACGUAAAUUAGCAAAUAAAAGCUGUUAAUGGGGGGGGAAUGAGAAAGAUACAUCAGCGAUUUUUGGUGGGCAUCAGUUGAGACGAUGGAAGGUUAUUCCUAAGGCCAACAUCUUUGGAAAGGUCUGUUGUCUACAUUGUGCAGUCAAACAGUACACACGCCUUAUUUUGCCUCUAACCAGGAUGGGAAGGCCUUUCCCUUUAACCCUUUCUUGACCUCACUGCUCAUUUGCCUUUCUUUAUGGUAAUUAGAGAAACCUUGUGCCUUUUAUAAUGACUUUGCAAAACUGAGCGCGAUGCAAUGUUUUAUUCUCAUUUUAUGCUAUUUUUUUUCCCCUCUCCAGUAUAUUUUUAUAUUUGUAAAAUGAAAAUUAUGAAAUGACUAUAUUUUGGUGUAUUCUACCACAUACUUAAAUCAGAUUCCUGGGAUAUUGAGCUAUUCUUCUGUACCAGCAGGUAUAUAUGUCACAUCUCCUUUGUGAGACAAUGGCGUAUAUAUGCUAGCUACGGUUUCAUUUUACAAUGAUAGUUUUUAUUUUAGGGCAAAAUAGAGUGUAGGACCAAAAUCAUCAAUUGGCUGGAAUUCAAUCACUAGAUGCCUUCAAAACCAGUCGGCCAGAAAGAGCCUUUUUACCAAGGGUCUCCUUAAAAAUUAUGGUAGUUCAGAGUAAUGUUUGCACUUUGUAGCACUUUGUCAUGCUGAGUAUUUACUGGUACUUACGGCCACUUAUGGGCAGUGUUUUGGCUGGAAUACGCAGAAUGGUACAUAUAUAUUUUUGCCUUUUUGUAAUGUUCAGAUAGCGUACAUUUUUCACAUUCUAAAUUUGGCUUUGAAGGUUCAGUUCUCUUAGGAAGGUCCUGUGUAAUGUGCACAUUUGCAGUGUUCAGAAGAGAAAUGCUCAAUGAUCUUCUAGUUUUUCUUUUCAUGUUCAUGCUUAAAUAGCAUUUAUUGUGUAGAGAAAGUGAAUACAAGGCACUUACUAAUGUAUUGUUAUUAUGUAUAUUGCUUCCUUUGCUUUCCAUCAGACUAUAUACUGCUCGUGUCCAUGGCUACGACCACCCUGCAAUCCAUCAGUGGUGGUCGUGCUUGCACUCUAUAGGAAAAAACACUGGCCGGGACUGUGGGGCCACACAUAGGCUGUUGCUUUUUCAUAUAGUGUACAAGCACAACCACCACUGAUGGAUUGCAGGGUGGUCAUAACCGUGGAAACGAGCAGUGUAUAAUGUGAUGGAAAAAUGAAUCCAGCCAGCAAAGUAGGCAAUAUGGACAAUCACAAUACAUUAGUAAGUGCCUUGUAUUAAUAUUUAUUAUGUAGAGGAAGUUAUUUGCUGAAGCGAGACAACCCCUUUAAGGCCUCAUUUGUAUUUGCCAAGUAUGUUUUAUCACAUUCGAAACACUCCACGUUGUAGCCCAACAGAACAGUACUCAGACUAAUUUCAUAUGGUGAUGUCAUUUUACUUGGCAUCCUGAGUUUGGUGUGCGUGAAACUAACCAGUUUGGGCCUCAUAGUGCAGGCCUUUUAAAGGGGUUCCCAGUAGCAGUAGUGAAUCGGGCCUAAAUCAUUUAAACCCAUGUCCUUGUAAUUGAACCAAGUUCAGCUAUAUAUAUUUUUGGAAUUUUUUUAGCAUCCUUUGAAGGGGGAAUGGUUACAUUGUUCCAUCCCCAUCAUCUACCAAAAGUACAGUCAUGAUGAAAUUGAAAUGUGUGUCAUCACCCCCAAAGAGGAAUCUACAAUGUUUCGUUCUCCUCUCCUUCAUACAGACAAAGUAAUCGGCUCCAUCCAGUACUCACUUCUUUCUGAGAGUAUUUCCUUUGCUGUUCCACGGGCUGCACACCAUAUAUCCUCUCAUUAUGUGCAAUACUGAAAAUAAGCAGCACCAGUGUACAGAAUACGUUAUAAUGAGAGUAUAUUUUUUCCCCUCCCUCUUGUGAAAUAUCCAUAGAAAGGAGGAAUCAACAGACAUUGAGAUCAGCAAUUAUUACUGUAUUUAUUCUCACAGUUACCAUUAUAGUCAGUUUCCUUUGUUUAAUGUAUAAUGUUAACUAUUUGCCUUCUGUAUCUUUUUUUUUAUUUUUUUCCAUUGCUACAUGGUCAUAUACAGCAAGGGCUGCUGCCUUGACGAGAGAAUACCUAUAUCUUGUGCUAUCCUACAGAAUACAAAUAAAUAGGAAUUUCUAAAGUAAA